AUCCCCGAGGACGCGGAGCCGGAGAGCAGCGACCCGAGUCCAGCUGUUUCUGCGCCGGUGGAGAGCAAGCAGGACGUCGGCUGGGGACGAGUUUGUGUUUUCCUGCAAAAGUUGGGGAAGAAGGCGGACAGCAGGACCCUGAGUCUGGCUCACUGUGACCUGACGGCGACGGACCUGCUGGAGCUCGCGUCCUUGCUGCAGUUCCUCCCUCAGCUGGAGGAGCUGGACGUCUCCUGGAACGAGCUGAUUGGUGGAAGUCUGAGGGCGUUGACCUCUCACCUGCAGCAGGUGGGCGGGGUCAGGACCCUGAGGCUCAGCAGCUGCAGGCUGAGCCCUGAAGACGUCUCUGCUCUUGGCGAAGCUCUCAGUUGCAUCCCUCAGCUGGAGAUCCUGGAUUUAUCCUGGAACAGUGGUGUUGGGGGCGGGGCUUUGCAGGGCCUCCUGGGUAAACUCCUCCCAUCUGCAAGAGAGCUCCACCUGGUGGCCUGUCAGCUGACCACAGCAGACGCUGCAGCCCUGGGAGGACUAGUCUCUGCUCUGCCAAAGCUGUGUCUUCUGGACGUCUCCUGUAACCCUCAGCUGGGACAGGAAGUGGACUGCGGUGGUUUCAGGGUUCUGGCAGCCUCCUUUUCCCAUACCUCCUCUCUGACCACGCUUCGGUUCCAGGCCUGCGGUCUGACACCAGACUGUCUCCAGGACCUCGACUUGGACUUGUCCUGUAACAAAUGCCUGUCUGGAGGACUGACCUGCCUCGCCCCUCACCUGGCUCACCUCACACACCUGGAGAUCCUGGACCUCCACCUGUGCUGCCUGACGCCUGCGGACCUGGAGGCUCUGAUCCAGGUCCUCCCCUCUCUGACAGCGCUGGUGGAGCUUGACGUGUCGUCCAAUAAGGAGGCAGGGGGCGUGGUCCUUCAGCUGGUCUCCGCCCUCCAGCUGACCCAGAUGAGGCGGCUGCCGCUCAGCAGCUGCAGACUGACCCAGGAGUCUCUGACUGCUCUGGCCCUGGCGGUACCGUACCUGCGCAGCCUGGAUGUCUCCUGGUGUAAGGUGGUUGGAGCUCGGCUGCAGCUGCUGCUGGACGCYCUGCAGCCGUCCGUCAUCAUGGAGCUCCGCCUCUGCAGCUGUGAGCUCGUCACUGACGACCUGCGUCACCUCGCUGAGGCCCUGAGGCAGGGCUGUCUGUCCUCCCUCCGGCUUCUGGACCUGUCCUACAACGGCUCAGUGGGGGACGACGGCUGGUCGGCCCUGUUGGCGGCGGGAGGCCUGGGCUCGCUGGAGGAACUGGACCUCAGCCUGCGACCUUUGAGCUCCGCCCCCUGCUCGGGCUGGCUGCACGUGCUGCUCGCCGCUCUGCCCAGGAUGCCGGCGCUGGCCCGGCUGGCGAUGCAGCGGUGGAGCGUGGGACCCCAGGAGAGACGGCAGCUGGAGUACAGCACCAGGAGCAGGAGGAUCCAGCUGGACUCGGACCAGAACCUCUCCGGGUCCGAGUGGAAGGAGGCGGAUCAGGAGGAGGGUCAGCCGGAGGAAUAAAUUAUAUUUAAAAUAAAAUCUCUUAGAAAUAAGAACCAAUCAAGUAUUUUAUACUCGUUUUCGAAUUGUUCUUUUAUUUGUCRUAAUUAUUCUUUAUUAUUCUUUUAAAUAAGGUCAGAAAUUAUAUAAAACAAUAUAAAUAUAUAUGAUUUUUUAUGAAUAUGUGGAGUAAAGUAACUAACUGAU